AUAUGUAUGAAUAGUUUUCAAUUUAAGCUAAACUCCUGUUUACGAAGUAUAUAAAUUCCCUGCCCACGGCAAAAGUGGUGUAUGAAUCCGCCCCAUCAGGCGGUGUUUGAUCCAGCCUGCAAACUAUAUACCUCCGACCAUAUCCACCUAAAACCAAAGCACAAAAGGAAGAACCUUUUGUCCCUCUGAUCAAACCGAACACAAAAGGAAAACAAUUUCUUUGUUCUCGGAAAACUUAAGCCAGUCAGUUAUUGGAGCGAACCCACAUUCCAUCCUCAUCCAACACAAAAAAACCCACGACUUGUUCUCAACCAGCAAUAGAAACAGCCUUGUCGUGUUAGAUCGUUUGGCCAUGAAACGAGGGUACUCAGAAUCUCCAUCCGCCUCUGUGGGACCACCCCAGUCCAGAUUCAAGCAUAACCCUGAAGGUGAUGCACACUUUUUAGAGGAUGAAAGCACCAAGAUUUUUGCGCGGAAAGUGGCCGACCAUUAUAGUGCAAGGACAAAUCAGACUUUGGAAGAAAGAGAAGCUAGCCCAAUCAUUCAUUUAAAGAAACUGAACAAUUGGAUAAAAAGUGUACUAAUUCAGCUCCAUGCUCGCCGAGGAGAUGCUGCUCUUGAUCUUGCCUGUGGGAAGGGCGGGGAUCUCAUCAAAUGGGAUAAGGCAAAAAUUGGAUAUUAUGUUGGUGUUGAUAUAGCAGAAGGCUCAAUAGAAGACUGUCGCACACGUUAUAAUGGUGAUGCUGAUCAUCAUCAGCGUCGUAAAAAAUUCACAUUUCCUGCCCGCCUCUUAUGUGGAGACUGUUUUGAGACUCGCUUGGACAAAGUUCUUGCAGCUGAUGCACCUUUUGAUAUUUGCAGUUGCCAGUUUGCCUUGCAUUACUCCUGGUCUACUGAGGCACGUGCACGGCGAGCCUUGGCAAACAUAUCAGCUUUACUUCGCCCAGGAGGCACCUUGAUUGGAACAAUGCCAGAUGCCAAUGUGAUUAUUAAAAAACUUAGAAAUGCUGAAGGAUUGGCCUUUGGUAAUAGUGUCUACUGGAUACGUUUUGAUGAAGAAUUUUCUGAAAAGAAAUUCAAAUCUUCCAACCCUUUUGGCAUCAAGUACAAGUUUCACCUAGAGGAUGCUGUUGAUUGCCCUGAAUGGAUCGUCCCCUUUCAUGUCUUCAAGUCAUUAGCAGAAGAGUAUGAUUUGGAGCUAGUUUUUGCGAAGAACUCACAUGAAUUUGUGCAUGAGUAUUUGAAAAAACCAGAAUACAUAGAGCUCAUGCGGAGGCUUGGUGCCUUGGGUGAUGGUAACCAAGAUCAGAGUACACUCUCAGAGGAUGAAUGGGAAGUAGCUCAUUUAUAUUUGGCAUUUGUCUUGAAGAAGCGAGGCCAACCGGACCGGACACAAGCAAACAGCAGAAAAGAUAGGGGGCAAAUGCAAAUAUCAAAGGAGGACAUUAUGUCCAUUAGUGGCGAUUAAUCAGGCAACCAAAUGCCAUUGUUCUUUUCAAUCAGGAUAACAACAAUAGGUUGUUAGGGCAUGGAGGCUCAUGGAGUGGUUGAGUGUCCAAAGUGCUCUAUCUCAAAGUUAUACGAUGAGAGACUAUAACUAUUCAAUUUUGUAGAUCCACAAUAAUAAUGAUAGUAUUAAUCUGUGUUGCUGCUCCUUAGAAGAUAAAAGUUUAUAGUUUUCCUCAAGAUGAGGAUUGUUUACCCGGAAAACUCUUGGUUAAUUGUAACGUCAUAUAUAACUUGAUGUAACUGUCUUCAAUAUAAAUACAUCAUGAAAUUGAUGUUAUUCUUGA